GGUUGUCGUGCGCAUGCUCAGAUAUGUUUCUUUCUCUAAGGGGACGGUUAGUCCAAGAUAUCAAAGCUGAGCUUCUGUGAAUACCUGCUACAGAAAUCUCGUGAAGAGUCAAUAAAAACAGUUUGAAUGAAUAAACUGCACCGCUGAGCACCAUGGAGUUUCUCCCCGUUCUUGACCCGCUAGAAAAACCUAAAGAUGGAGUCUGGUAUUCAUUGAUGCCAGGUGGAAGCACUCCAGGUGUUAGUGUGGGUCAUACCUGCAUGUUUGUUCCCUCUGAAGAUGGAGGAAGAGGAAGAAUCGUAAUCGUCGGUGGAGCCAACCCCAGUGGCAGUUUCUCUGAGUCAUAUGUUAUAAAUCUUGAUAAUCAUGAGUGGGUCAUACCGGAUUGGAAAGGUUUAGAUGCCCGAUAUGAACACUGCAGUUUUGUGUCUGAAGGUUGUCCACAGUGUCUGUGGGUGUUUGGAGGGGCACAGCAGACAGGGAAUCGUAGAUGUAUCCAGAAAAUACUGCUGUCUGACAAGGAGCCUCAAUGGAAGAAGGUAGAAGCAAACGGGGAACCUCCAAGUGCAAGGACGUACCACACCAAUUCAGCUUGUAUAGGAGACAGACUGUAUGUGUUUUCUGGUGGGGAGGCAGGCGCUGCACCCGUCUCAGACACCAAACUUCAUGUGUUUGACACAGUUUCUUCAACUUGGUUUCAGCCAGAAACACAAGGUAGGCAACCUGCAUCCAGACAUGGACACAUUAUAGCUGCUGUUGGCUCAAAGAUUUAUAUUCAUGGAGGGAUGGCUGGAGAGAGGUUCUUCAGUGAUAUGCAUUGCCUGGACACGGGCCUCAUGAAGUGGGAAAAAGUGCAAUCAAAAGGAGAUAUUCCCCCAGGAGUAGCAGCUCAUUCAGCAGUGGUACAGGGAACCAAUAUCUACAUAUUCGGAGGGAUGACUGCAGAUGGUGCCAUCAACUCUAUGCACAGAUUUAACACUGAGAAGAAGAGAUGGACCCUGAUGAAAUUUGAUGGAGAUUUGCCACCAAACCGCCUGGACCAUUCCAUGUGUUUGUUGCCAUGGCAGCCUCAUGGGGACGAGAAUGCAGAUGGGACCCAUAGCUACAGUUCAGACUUUGAAACCAUUAAUCUAGCAUUUGUGUUUGGAGGAAUGGACACCCAAGGUGUCAUCUUUAAUGACUGUAUUGUGACAGUUGUAAAAUAAAAUUGUUUUAUACAG